AUGGUUCAAGUUGAUAUAGUGAAGGAAAAAGUACUUGGGUACUUACAAACCUGGUAUGGUGCUCUUAUUGGUCUUUAUGUUUUAUAUAGUGUACUUAUGAGGAUUAGCCAACAUCAAAAGGCUAAAAAACUUGGAUGUAAACCAAUUAGAGUUGUCAAGUCCGAUGGGUUUUAUGGAUUUAAAUUAAUGCGAGAAGUGAUGAAAUUGAAAAGUGAAGGUAAAAUGGUUGAUUAUAAUAAUGAACGAUUUAUUGAAUUUCAAGCUGAUACUUUUUUAACCUAUGUUGCUGGUAGAAAAUUUAUUACUACUAGAGAUCCCGAAAAUAUUAAAGCAGUUUUAGCUACUCAAUUUAAUGAUUUUUGUUUGGGAAUCAGACAUGCUCAGUUCUUACCAUUAUUAGGAGAUGGAAUUUUCACUCUUGAUGGUGAAGGAUGGAAACAUUCUAGAGCAAUGUUGAGACCCCAAUUUGCUAGAGAACAAGUUGCUCAUGUUAAAUCAUUAGAACCUCAUAUUCAAGUUUUGGCUAGACAUAUUCAAAAAUAUCCAAAUGGGGGUAAAUUUGAUAUUCAAGAAUUAUUUUUCAGAUUGACUGUUGAUUCAGCAACGGAAUUCUUAUUUGGUCAAUCAGUGGAAAGUUUAAAAGAUGAAACUGUUUAUGAUAUAAGUAAAUUACCAGAAGAAUUUGAAGGUAAACGUCAAUUUGCUUAUGCUUUUAAUACUUCUCAAAAUUAUCUUGCCACUAGAGCCAUUUCUUCUGAAUUUUACUUUUUGAUUAACAAUAAAGAAUUUAAAGAAUGUAAUGCUAUUGUUCAUAAAUUUGCUGAUUUUUAUGUUAGAAAAGCUUUGGAAGCUCUGCCAGAAGAACUUGCUGAAAAAUCAAGAGGUGGUUAUAUCUUUUUAUAUGAACUUGUUCAACAAACAAGAGAUCCAAUUGUUUUAAGAGAUCAAUUACUUAAUAUUCUUUUGGCUGGUAGAGAUACUACUGCAGGUUUACUUUCAUUUACCUUUUUUGAAUUAUCAAGAAAUCCUCAAAUUUGGUCAAAAUUGAAGGAAGAGAUUUAUGAGAAAUUUGGUUCUGGUGAAGAUUCAAGAAUUGAGGAAAUUACUUUCGAAUCAUUGAAAAAAUGUGAUUAUUUGAAAGCUGUUCUCAAUGAAGUUUUAAGAUUAUACCCUUCAGUUCCCCAAAAUUUCCGUAUCGCUACUAAAGAUACUUCAUUACCAAAAGGUGGGGGACCUGAUGGUCAAUCUCCAAUUUUUGUUUCUAAAGGUCAGUUACUUUCUUAUUCAGUUAAUGCAACCCAUCAUAACACCGCUUUCUACGGUAAAGAUGCAAAUGAUUUUAGACCUGAACGUUGGUUUGAACCAGAAACAAGAAAAUUGGGUUGGGCUUUCUUACCUUUUAAUGGUGGUCCUCGUAUUUGUUUAGGUCAACAAUUUGCUUUAACUGAAGCUAGUUAUGUGGUUACAAGAUUGCUCCAAAUGUUCCCAAAUAUCAUCUCUUACGAUGAUGAAUAUCCCCCAAGAAAGAACUCCCAAUUAACAAUGUGCCACCAAAAUGGGGUUUUCAUUGGUUUAGAUUAA